CUUCAUAAAUUAUGCUCCCAAAUCCAUCCCGGGGAGAGUGCUUAUUUCGUUUAGUGUAGACUUGGACUACUCAGUAAAAGGGUCAAGGUCGCAGGUCGAUUUCGAGCAUGGCACUUUUAGCAGAACCACGUCGUAAAAUAAGAUAUUCAACCGAUCCCAGAAAUCUAAAUUGGAAAAAUGAUGAAAGCAAGUUUGGUAAGAAGCUUAUGGAAAAGAUGGGCUGGAAUGAAGGCAAGGGCCUUGGAGCAAAAGAAGAUGGCGAUGUUGAUCACAUCAGCAUCAAGCACAAGGCUGAUAGUAGAGGAGUUGGUUGUUCUGUAAAGCAUGCUGACAACUGGAUUGCCCACCAAGAUGAUUUCAAUUCCAUCCUUGCUAACCUGAAUGCAGACCACUCCACAGAGCCUGCAGCUGAUAAAGAGGCUGUAAAGGAGGCUAAGGUCACCAGUCUGGAAGAGAGGUCCAAAACAACAAAGAAACGAGUCCACUACCAUAAGUUCACUCGAGGGAAGGACUUGUCUGGCUACAAGAGCAAUGAUUUAGACUGCAUAUUUGGCAAGAGGAAGAACAAAUCUGAAACUUCUACUCCUAUUACCCAGUCAGAGGCAAACUCAGAUGCUGAAAGUUCCAGCUCCGAUACUGCCAGUAGCAAUGCUAAACCAAGUGACGACAAUGAGCAUGGUGUGAAUACAAUCAUCAGUUCUCAAAGUGUCCAGGAAUAUUUUGCCCAAAAGAUGGCAGCUCUGAAGAAAAUUAGAGCAGGUGGGGACAAUGCGACCAAUCAGAACUCAGUUCUAGAGCCUAAAAUUGAUAAUGAUAUGACCGAUAAAAAUAGUGACAGUGAAAAUAAUGUAAAACAAGAAAAAAUCAAGAAAAAGAAAAAAAGGAAAGAAAGUGUAUCUGAAGUAGAAAAUAAAAUAUCCGCGGAUGAAAAUGAAACUAAAAAGUCUAAGAAGAAAAAGAGUAAAAAACAAAAUUGUGAGGAUAAUCCUACAGAACAGGAGACUUCCUCUGUUAAUGGAAACAGUAGUGAAAGUAAACCUGAAAAGAAGAAAAAGAAAAAAAGGAAAUAUGAUGAACUUGAUGAAACUGAAAAUUCAGGGAAGAAUCUUGAGGAUGUGUCUAGUUCUAAGAAAGAAAGGAAGAGAAAGUCUGCUACUGAACCCAAGUUAGAAAUUAUUGAAAAAGCUUCAAGUGAUUCGGAACAAAUUGAACCAGUGAAAAAGAAGCUGAAGAAAAGUAAAAACAAAGUGAAGUCAGAAAAUGCACUAGAGAAUGAAAGAACUGCAAGUAAUGAAGUUGCAGGUAAACCAAAAAAGAAAAGUAAGAAAAAGAAAGAGGGCCUUGGUGAAACGCCAACCAAUCAGCUGUCUGGUGACAAACAACCUUCAGAAAUAUUAGACAAGAAAACAAUUUUAGAAAAGGGUGGGGAGUCUAUAGCUGAUAAAAUAUCUAAAUCUAAUAGAAAUCCGUCAGCUAAAGCAAGUUUGAAGGUCACUAAUUCCAGAAAAAGGAACACGAAAUUUGGUAAAAAGUCACUGCAAGCUAGUGUAAAGGUGGCAGAUGGUAGUACAAAGAGAAGGCCUACACCACGUGGUGGUAAGAGAGUACAAGCAAAAAGAUUAAGAAAGGAAAAAUUGUCACAAAAUAUUGAGUCUUCCAAAGUUAGUAGAAAUGCCACUUCAUCUGGGAAAAAGAUACCCAGAACUUGUAACAGGAUGGCUAAUAUUAGCAAAAAGACAAAUUUAAAAAAUCAAGGUGGCAAAAAAGUGAGUGCAGAAAAACAAUUUGAAAUAAAGAAAAUGGAACAAACGCUUUCAAAGAAUUCUGAAGCGAAUAAUUUUUUGAGGAGUAUUGUAUCACUGAAAGGUUAUGAUGUACAGAACGUACGAGAAAAAACUGUUGUAAAAUUGAGAAUGCUACAAAAUAACCAGAUAACUUUGAAAGGGAAACGUAAAUCAAGAAAAUAGUUACAAAAAGUAAUAUUUUGAAAUCUGAACCCCAAAAUCUGUCGAAAAAUCUGAAUUCUAAAUUAUAUUAGGAAAGUGAGAAAUGAAACAAAUAACUAAAUAAAAUCAGAUAAAACUUCGGUGAUGUACAUUAUACUCCAGAUGAUAUUUUAAGUCCAAUAGCAAUCUUGAAUAACCUUGAAGUAUUUUUAUUUCAAAUGAUAUUCAACUUACACAGUCAUUAUGCCUAGACAAAAAAAACAGACUAAACAACAAAUAUGCCUUGGAUAAAAUAUCAAUUGAAUUGAAAUGAUACAGCCCUUGUAAAACUUUGUAUUAAUAUAUACUCCUCAACCAGUGGUUUUCCUCAUAGGUUUACAUGUUAACCCCCAUAUUUGUUUGAACGACUAUUUUCUAAGCAGGGAACAAAAGAAAUCCAAAUAAAGUAAAUCAAUCUUUAUCUUGAUUCUAUUCCCUAUAAAGUCCGCAACGUUUCAAUGUUAUACCUUCAUGACAUUGGGCCAAAAUUUGAUGUCAAAAUUGAUGAAUUUCAUGAAAUUUAACAAAAAUGGCAGAUCCCAUGUUAAACAAA